AGCGUGCGGUUACACCCUCUCCACCUCCACGGGCCAGGAACGCUGCUGGAGAUGAAGAUUCAGAUCUAUACUCACCUCGGUACUCCUUUUCUGAAGACACAAAAUCUCCCCUUUCUGUGCCUCGCUCAAAAAGUGAGAUGAGCUACAUCGACGGUGAGAAGGUGGUUAAGAGGUCGGCCACACUUCCCCUCCCAGCCCGCUCUUCCUCACUAAAAUCAAGCCCAGAAAGAAACGACUGGGAGCCCCCAGAUAAGAAAGUGGAUACAAGGAAAUACCGUGCAGAGCCCAAAAGCAUUUACGACUAUCAGCCGGGCAAGUCUUCUGUUCUGACCAACGAAAAGAUGAGUCGGGAUAUAAGCCCAGAAGAGAUAGAUUUAAAGAAUGAACCUUGGUAUAAAUUCUUUUCGGAAUUGGAGUUUGGGAAACCGCCUCCCAAAAAGAUAUGGGAUUAUACUCCUGGAGACUGCUCUAUCCUUCCUAGAGAGGAUAGAAAGACUAAUCUAGAAAAAGAUCUCAGCCUCUGCUCAGCAGAGUUAGAGGCACGCUUAGGAAACACGGAGAUGCUUAAUAAAGCACCCAGUGCACACCCGUCCCAGAGCUCAGCAGUCAGCCCCAGCCCGGAAAUUUCUUCAGAGCUUCCUGGAUAUAUCUAUUCUUCCAACUUCCACGCAGUGAAGAGGGAAUCAGACGGGGCUCCCGGGGAUCUCGCUAGUUUGGAGAACGAGAGGCAGAUUUACAAAAGCGUCUUGGAAGGUGGAGACAUCCCUCUCCAGGGCCUGAGUGGGCUCAAGCGACCCUCCAGCUCAGCCUCCACUAAAGUGGAUCGUAAAGGUGGGAAUGCUCACAUGAUUUCUUCAUCUUCAGUUCCUAGCCGAACGGUUAGCACUAGCAAUGCAUUAGGCCCCGUGUGUAAGCACAAGAAACCCCUGUCCGCUGCAAAAGCCUGCAUUUCGGAAAUCCUUCCCUCCAAAUUCAAACCCAGGCUCUCUGCUCCCAGCGCUCUUUUGCAGGAACAGAAGAGUGUCUUAUUGCCGGCAGAAAAGGCUCAGAGCUGUGAGAACCUUUGUGUUUCAUUGUCUUUGAAUGAUUCCAAAAGAGGUCUCCCCCUCCGAGUGGGGGGAAGCAUCGAGAACCUGCUCCCGCGCUCCCGGCGGGAGUGGGACAGCCAGUCGAGCAGCACCGUGAGCCUCCAGGAGUGCGGCACCAGUGCCAGGAGGCCCUGCCCUCUCUCCAGAAAGGCCGGGAUGCAGUUCACCAUGUUCUACCGGGACAUGCACCAGAUCAACCGAGCUGGCCUCUUCCUGGGCUCCCUCUCCUCCUCGAGUGUGCGAGAUCUUGCCUCCCACUUCGAAAGGAGCAGCCUGGCAUUGGCCAGGGGCGAGCUGGGCCCCAGCCAGGAGGGCUCGGAGCACAUCCCCAAGCACACCGUCUCCUCCCGCAUCACAGCGUUUGAGCAGCUGAUUCAGCGGUCCCGGUCCAUGCCGUCCCUGGACCUGUCCGGGAGGCUGAGCAAGUCCCCCAUGCCUGUGCUGUCCCGGAGUGGCCUGACCUCAGCCCGCUCGGCUGAGUCCCUCCUGGAGUCAACCAAGCUGCGGCCCCGGGAGAUGGACGGGAUGAACCCGGGGGGGCUCUACGCCGCCCCGACGUGUAGCAACAUGGCCGAACCCACCUUGGGCUUCAGGGGCCUCGUGCCUUCUGAGCCCCUCUCUGCCUGCUCUGACGAGCUGGACCACUGUUCAAACAUCUCCAGUGACAGCAGGGAGGGCAGCAGCAGCAGUGUCCACGGAGACUUUCCCAAGCACCGCCUCCCCAAGUGCAAGGGCACCUGCCCAGCCUCGUACACCCGCUUCACCACCAUCCGGAAGCACGAGCAGCGGCAGACGUCCAGGCAGCCCGACUGGCGCCCAGAUCUCAGGGGGGACAGGAGCACACUCCUCAGGAACAUCUACCUAAUGAGCCCCCUCCCUUUCCGGUUGAAAAAGCCCCUCCAGUACCACCCCAGGCAGCCUCCCCCUGGUGACUUCUCAGCCCCCCUGGCUGGCCAGAAACCAGACCUGCCCAGCCAGCCCCAUCAGGACGAGACCCCCUCUGAGGGGAAGCCCUCGGUUCCCAGACGCCUGUCUUCCCGACACACCAUGGCGAGGCUGAGCCGGAUCUCGGAGCCCCCUCAGGGGAGACCCGCAGUCCCAGAGGACUGCCUGAGGGCCUUUCAUAAUGGCAACUCCAUGCCGUACUCAGACCCUGGCCUGGACAGGAACAACAACCCACACAGUGAACUGGGAACAUCCCUCGGAGAUUCAGAAUCACCAAGACAUUUUAUACCUGCUGAUUAUUUGGAAUCCACGGAAGAAUUUAUUCGGAGGCGUCAUGAUGAUAAAGAGAAACUUUUAGCGGACCAGAGACGACUUAAGCGUGAGCAAGAAGAGGCCGAUAUCGCAGCUCGUCGCCACACGGGCGUCAUUCCGACGCACCAUCAGUUUAUCACUAACGAGCGCUUUGGGGACCUCCUCAAUAUAGACGAUACGGCCAAAAGGAAAUCUGGGUCAGAGAUGAGACCUGCCAGAGCCAAAUUUGACUUUAAGGCUCAGACUCUAAAGGAGCUUCCUCUGCAGAAGGGGGACGUUGUGUACAUCUACAAGCAGAUUGAUCAGAACUGGUAUGAAGGAGAGCAUCACGGCCGGGUGGGGAUCUUCCCGCGCACCUACAUCGAGCUUCUUCCUCCCGCUGAGAAGGCUCAGCCCAAGAAGUUGGCAUCGGUGCAGGUCUUGGAAUAUGGAGAAGCUAUCGCUAAGUUCAACUUUAAUGGUGAUACGCAAGUAGAAAUGUCCUUCAGGAAGGGUGAGAGGAUCAUGCUGCUCCGACAGGUGGACGAGAACUGGUACGAAGGGAGGAUCCCAGGGACGUCCCGGCAAGGCAUCUUCCCCAUCACCUACGUGGACGUGAUCAAGCGGCCCCUGGUGAAAAACCCCGUGGAUUACAUCGACCUGCCUUUCUCCUCCUCCCCAAGUCGUAGUGGCACCGUAAGCCCACAGUUUGCCAGUCACAGCAAGCUCAUCAUGCCAGCCCCCUCAUCCCUGCCCCACUCCCAUCGAGCCCUGUCCCCCGAGAUGCACGCUGUCACCUCUGAGUGGAUCUCCCUGACUGUUGGGGUCCCAGGCAGGCGGCCUCUGGCCCUGACCCCGCCCCUGCCUCCUCUGCCGGAGACUUCUGUCUAUGACACCGACCACCUCGCCUCGUGGGCGAGGCCCGGUUCCUCUCUGUCUCUCAGCCUUCCCCAUUCGAGCUGGUCUGAUCUUUCCACCCCACGCUCGAUGGCUUCUCCGCUGGCCCUGCCUCCCCCCCACAAAGCUGCCUCCUUGGCACGUGGUGCCCCCGCCUCCCUUCACGUCAACGGGGACAGUGGUGUCCACGUGCCACUGCCAGGUGUCCGCCAGGAUAGCUUCUCGCAGCUGCUGCCGGGGAGCUCUGAUAGGGUCAUCUCGGAGCUCAGCACCGCCUUUAGCAGCCAGGGUAAGCGGCAGCCGAGGCGAGAAGAGCGCGGACAGUGUGAGAGGAGAGCAGAGCGGGAGGCAGGUGAGAGAUGCCCCGGAGCACCCAAGAUCUCUCAGAAGAGCUGCUUGAGACCUUCAGACGUGGUCAGGUGCCUGAGCUCGGAACAGAGACUCUCAGAUCUCCACGCGCCCGAGGAGAGCCGGCCCGGCAGGCCCCCGGGUAGCCCUUUGCCGGGAAGGGAGGCUGAGCAGACAGACCUGCAUAGAGGUGGCGAGCAGGCUAAGAGGAGGGCCGUUCGGAGUGCUGUAAGCCAGCCUUCUCAUCAUUCACUGAGAGCAGGACCUGAUCUCACAGAAUCUGAAAAGAGCUAUGUGGAAGCAGUUUGCAAUGAGAUCAUAAACAUUGCCGAAAAAUCUGUUCAUUACUGCAGCACUGUUUCUCAUCCCCUUGACUUUCAUCACAAGGUAUCCCCUUCUGACAAUAAAUCAUCUUUAAUCAUUUCUCAGCAACCUCAAGCCCAGCAGCGAAGAGUCACCCCAGACAGGAGUCAAACCUCACAAGAUAUAUUUAGCUACCAAGCAUUAUAUAGCUAUAUACCACAGAAUGAUGAUGAAUUGGAACUCCGAGAUGGAGAUAUUGUCGAUGUCAUGGAAAAAUGUGAUGACGGAUGGUUCGUUGGUACUUCAAGAAGGACAAGGCAAUUUGGUACUUUUCCAGGCAACUAUGUAAAGCCCUUGUAUCUAUAAGAAGAUUGAAAACCAGAGAUUAUUUUUAUUGGAGGAUGAAGCGUAAUUCAUGAACUGGACUCUUUAUUUAAACAUUGAGUCAGUAGGAAAACUAAUGCAGUGGAUAAAGUAAGAAGCAAAACAGAGGGACAGAGAAGUGUUGUGUCUAAAGCCUGAGCCUGUCUACGCUUGCUGUGUAUCAGGCAAGCCGAACUGAGGAAAAAGGAAUGAGGCAAAUCUGUAUUUACUUAGCUGCUUCUGGGAGCCACUCCAAGCCUUCCCAGCCUUUCCCCUUCUUGGGUAAUCUGACCUGUAACACAGUCCAGGAUCAGUGAGGUCAGAAAUGUCUCUUGCUGCCCAGGCCUUGACCAGCUCUGGCUCAAAGCGGUCAUUUAGCCAGAAGCAGCCCUCGGAGCACCAGGCAGAUCCCCAGCCAUUCUCCAAAGGCUCCGCACCCCGGCCACCCCGGAGCCCACCGUUUUCCCAACAUUGCUGGAGAUCUGCCUGGGAUGCCGAGGCCAUCCCUGGACAGUGGCGGGGGCCCCCCAGGCUAUCCAAGACCAUGUGCCUCACUCCUGGGGUACGUGGAGAAAUGGAAGCAGAAUGGAGCUGCCCUGUGCAGUCAGCCUGCAUGCAGCGUUGCCCUCCACGCCCCUGGUGUUCAGACAGAAAAGCACAUGAGGUUUGCCUGUGGGCGUGGGGUGCCCAGGUCAGGUAGUUAAAUUUGUGUUUCCAAGUGAUGAAGUGAAGAAGUUCUGUAGCUGUCAAGGUCACUUGCAGUGUGGUCCUUUCCCAUAUCACUGACUUUUGUAAGUGGUCACCUUCGGCACAAUUUCAUUUACCAGAAUGCCAGUGCUAAGCUUUCUUUUCUGGAUUGUUUCUGGCCAGGGCAGUGUGAGGUCGCGAGGCCUGUUCUCACAGAGAACCAAGGAUGGCGUUCAGUGAAUCAUUUAAUAGACACUGAUGCACACUGGAUGCCGGGGCGACCGGUGAGCAGGACGUGCUCCACACCGUAGGCCCACCGCGUCCUCAUUUUUACUCCCCGAAGUAGUUCAGGGACCACCCACAAGGUGGUGGCCCAGGGUCCUGAAUCCCGACGCACCCUGGUGAGGCCUCGCUUCAGAGCAGAAGGCACACAGGCAGCAGCCCCACGUGCGAGGCAGCUGGAGGCCUGCCCUCUGUGGGGCCACGUGUGAGGAGGGAGGCCCCUGUGACGCCUGGGGUGCUCAGUCACAGCUCCAUCCAAUUUGAGGAUGUUCAUCAGCCCCUCUGGUAGACCCCUUGAAGAAAUAGGGACUGGCCCACCUGCCUGCCGGGAACUCAGAGGUGACGGGAGGGGCAGACACACAGGAAUAUUGGGUCCAGAGAGACUGUGAUACGUGCUAAGAAGGGUAUGAGAGAGAUGGAGGUGAUCUUUCCCUGGAGAGACUCUAGAAAGCAUUGUCGUAUUUCUCUCUCCAUUCGCUCACUCUUGAACAAUGAGGCUGCUAGAAGAACCUUUGUCCGAGGGUAGUUUAUGGCUGGAAGUUCUUGGAACUGUUUCCAGAGUCUUCAAACUCUCAUCCUCCCCACAAGUACACAUCCCAGGUCACAAAUAGAAGCAGCGAUUCUAGGUAGGUAAGGAGUAUACAGGAACCCUGGCGCUCUGCAUGUAGCUCAGAAUUGCCGGCGGACCAUUGUCCCAAAGUCUGGAGUCUUUACAAGUAGGCGGAGUUUGUCUUCAGUGCCUCUGCCUCGCCCUCUGUCUCUACCACCCACCUGCCACCCAUCAGCUGUGCACCCCCCCCUUUCCCCAUCAGACAGCCUCAUUCUCUCCCUGUCCUUCUUUCAAGUCCCGGUCUCAGGAAGGAAACUGCUGCUUACUCCUUCACACUAGAGUGCAAAUGACUGAUAAGAGGAAUGUGUUAGCUUCUUCCCAGAGACAUUUGUUUUUAACUAGGACAGAGCAGAGCCUUAACCCCAAGGAGUGAGGCUGUGGAACUAACGGUGGGGGUAGGGGGUGCCGGUGGUGAAGGAGGAGGAGCUUCCUGGGUAGAAGGAGCCUUCCCGAUAGUCUUUGAAUCAGACUCCUUGUUGUGGAAGGUCCACUUCACCAUCCGAGGGUGCCGUAUGUCUCUCUCCGAGGGCAUAUGCACGUGCGUUUUGCACGACAGCACUUCACUCGCUUUUGGAAUGUAACUCCUGUAUUGGCCGACAUGUUUCCUGGUCUGUCUUAGAUGCAGACAAUUAAUAACGAUCUUACUCUUAAUAGUUUUUUUUGAGGGGUGCUUCUUGAUUAAGUAGGUAAUUUUGAACACCUAGAAAUACAGCUAGAAAAUAAAACCAAUCUGUAAAGCCGCAUUUGCAUAUGAUGCCAGCCUCACGCAUUUGUAGAUCCCCAGAAACCCAGGUAUGCCUCACCGAUUUGCCCGUCUUUAACAAAAUCAUGUUAAAAUUUGCAAAAUUUGCAUCGAACUUCGGCUUCCUAUGUAUGACAAGACAAGGAACAAAGGUUUCCAAUUGCUCUUUUGUCCUCAGACACUUAGUAAUAUAAAAUACCUAUUUUUAUGCUGAAAUAUUUAUACAGGUUUAUUAAUAGCAAGUGCAACUAACUGGCACCAUGCCUUGCAACACAUUUUGAUAUACUCGCCAUGCUUCUGGGUAAAGGCAAGCCCCCAACUACUUAUCUUUUGCAGUCUCUCUCGGAUCAGUAAAAGAAAAAAAAUCAUAUGCGUAAGAAGUAGGACUGUAAAUAUGUAUAUUUAACUUUGUAUAGCCCAUGUACCUACUUUGUAUAGAAAAAUAAUUUUAAAAAUUUGAACUGAAGGGGGGUAAAAUGAGGAAGUCAUGAAGUUUUUUGCAUUUUUAUUUAAAUGAAGGAAUUCCAAAUAACUCACCUGCAGAUUUUUAGCACAAAAAUAGCCAUUGUAAAGUGUUAAAAUUUCAAAUAAUCAUUCUUUCUGGGAGAGAAGGUAAUUGUUAUCUCAGUUAUAUAGGCUUUUUUAAUUUUGUUUUUGAUUUUUUUUUUUGCAGUCCUAUUUAUCUACAGUAGGUAUUAAGUUCUUUUGCUAGAAUAGGUUACUACAGAGAAGAUUAUAUUCUGAAAGAAAAGUAACUGACAUUAUAUAUAUAACCAAUUAAUUUAAAGUGUUGCCAUUUUAAUUACACCUGGAGAGCAUGUACUAUGCCGACACAGAUUGUUCUGUUCAUUUAUUUUUCUUUAUUGCGGUGGAUUGAUUUGAUAAAUGGAUGUGUUGAGUUACUACAUUUGCUGUACAUAUUAUUUAAUAAACUUUAUUCAGAAUUGCGUGGCA